AGUUACUGAGAAAACACAAGGCAAAGCUAAAAUCCCUCUUCAGAUCCACAAUCAACUGCCCUGAACACAUCCUGCAAAAAGUCCGGAGGAAGGAGAGCCAUGGAUUAUUACAGAAAAUAUGCAGCCAUCAUUCUGGCCACAUUGUCUGUGUUUCUGCAUAUUCUCCAUUCCUUUCCUGAUGGAGAGUUUGCAGUGCAGGGUUGCCCAGAAUGCAAGCUAAAGGAAAACAAAUACUUCUCCAAGUUGGGUGCCCCAAUUUAUCAAUGCAUGGGUUGCUGCUUCUCCAGAGCAUAUCCCACUCCAGCAAGGUCCAAGAAGACAAUGUUGGUCCCAAAGAACAUCACCUCAGAAGCCACAUGCUGUGUGGCCAAAGCAUUUACCAAGGCCACAGUGAUGGGAAAUGCCAAAGUGGAGAACCACACGGAGUGCCAUUGCAGUACUUGUUAUUAUCACAAAUCUUAAUGUUUUGCAAAGAGCAUGUUGAUGACUGCUGAUUUCCUGGAGUGAAAAAUUAAUUUUUUCAGUGUUUAUGGCCUUGUGAGAUAAAACCCUCUUUU